AUGAAAAUUUCCCAAAGGUGCUAUUCAAAGCAGCAUUCUAGUUAUUCUAACCAGAAUUCUUGUUAUUUUAACCCGAAUUCUUGUUAUUUUAACCAGAAUCCUAGUUAUUUUAAAAAAAUUUCCAACCAGAAAUCUAGGGUUUUUGACAUAAAUUUUAGUUAUUCUAACCAAAAUUCUAGUUAUGUUCACCAUAAUUGUAGGUAUUAUGACCAGAAUUCUAGUUACUCCAACCAAAAUUGUAGUCAUUUUAACUACAAUUCUAGGGAUUUUAACCGGAAUUCUAGUUAUUCUAACCAAAAUUCUAGAGAUAUUGACCAAAAUUCUAGUAACUCCAACCAAAAUUGUAGUCACUUUAACUACAAUUCUAGGGAUUUUAACCGGAGUUCUAGUUAUUCUAACCAAAAUUCUUGUCAUUAUAACAUGAAUUCUAGGGAUUUUGACCUGAAUUCUAGAUAUUUCAACUAAAAUUCUAAUUAUUUUAACCAGAAUUCUAGUUAUUCUAACCAAAAUUCUAGAGAUUUUGACCAAAAUUCUAAUUAUCCUAACCAAAAUUCUAGUUCUGUUAACCAUAAUUAUAGGUAUUAUGACCAGAAUUCUAGUUACUCGAACCAAAAUUGUAGUAAUUUUAACCACAAUUCUAGGGAUUUUAACCGGAAUUCUAGUUAUUCUAACCAAAAUUCUAGUUACUCCAACCAAAAUUGUUGUCAUUUUAACCACAAUUCUAGGGAUUUUAACAGGAAUUCUAGUUAUUUUAACCAAAAUUCUUGUCAUUAUAACCUGAAUUCUAGGGAUUUUGACCAGAAUUCUAGUUAUUUUAACCAAAAUUCUAGUUAUUCUAACCAAAAUUCUAGUUAUUUUAACAAGAAUUCUAAUUAAUUUAAACAAAAAUUCUCUGUUAUUCCAACCGGAAAUCGUUUUCAGUGAAUACUGUUUUAAAAGUCCUAGGGAUAUUUUAUACGUUACUGUUAGGGAUGGUAUUGUAUUCCAUAUCGCAAAAUUCAUUUAUUAUUUAAUCUAACAAAUAAAUUUUUAUAAUUUAACCAAAUAAAUAAAUUCGCUAUUUAUAUAUAUAUAUAUAGAUAGAUUAGAACAAUAUUUCACCUCUGCUUAGUGUAAAUUCUUGCGGAAAGAAAAAUCAUCAGAGCAGAAAGUUACUGACACGAAAGUAAAAUUAAAAAAAAAAACGUAAUAAUUAUUAUCCGUAAAAACAGUUUUUAACCAUUCCUCGUUGAUCAGAUGAUGCAAACUAUAUAACAAUUGCAUCUUAUGCAAUGGGCAUAUUUCAUGCUUCGAAUAAUAGAAACCAUAAUAAGAUAAAUAUUAUAAUGAAACUAUGGAAACUGAAACCAUUUUUUUUUUUGAUGAGCACGAUUUAGUUAGCUUAAAAUUAUUAAGGAGACUAGUACAUUUAGGGAUUUUUUGUUUGUAUUUUUUUUUUUUUUUUUUUUUUUUGUUUGUACAAAAUUGGGUGUACCCUUUUUUGUUUUGAACCAAAUCAAAAAAUGUUAUUUGUACCCCUGAAAAAAAAUAUGGAAGGGUUAUAGUUAAUUAAGUGUUUUUUAAAAGUAGCAUCUUGAUUUAAAAUCAGAUGAUUACUUUAUUGUUUUCUUUUUAUCUAAGCCAAGAAAGCCUUAUAAUAUGUUGAUUUGUGACCACAUUUUGGGAAAUUUACAACUCUAAAAAAGUUUUUUUUUUUUUUUUUUUUUGAGGAAAAAUGUCAUCCAGCCUUAGUUUAUUAUAGAAAUUAAAUGGUAUUUAAAAAAAGAAAUAAAAGAAAAAACAAAAUUAGAAAUGAAGAAUUAUUAGCUUCUUGUGAAAAAGAAAAUAAACAUCGUACUCGCAUCGCCUAAAAAAAAAAUAAAAUCUCAAACUGUAGUACCUAUAUGAUUCUUAAUUGUAUGUAAAAAAAAUUGUACCUACAGUCAUGAUGAUUGCAAGUAUCUCUUUUUUGAGCCGAGCUUGGGAUCUUCGACGUCUCUCAUAUUGGGAAAUUUUCAAAUCUCCUCUUUUUUUUCUUUUUGUCUCUUGGACAAAAUAGUACUUAAUUAAUUGUAUAAUAUUCAUCCUUUUAAUAUUGGAUGAAAAAAAGUGAAAUAAUUUUUUUUUCCCCCUAAAAUUUUAUACUAUUUUGCAAAAAUUAUUUUUGUUAGUAUUUUUAUUGAGAUUUGCUGUUUUUGAAUAUGUCAUUUAAUUUUAAAUUAAAUAUUUAAGAGGAGAAAACGAUCUCGAAGUUCGAAGACCCAAAUUCGAUCAAAAAAAAAAAAAAAACAAAAGUAUAGGUAUAUAUAAAUAAUUUAAUCGGUAAAGAAAAAAAAAAGAAUAUCCCAGUGGUUCUGUAUUGUUUAAGUUGUAAAUUAUCUACUAGUUUUAUUACAUGUGUGUAUGAGUGUGUAUGCUCGAAUGAAUUUCUUGUGUGAGUAGGACUGAUGAAAAAAUUGUUUUUUUUUUUUUUUUUUGCAAACGGAUCGUCGACUCCGGAAAGAGAAGAAAAAAAAAAAAUUAAAGAAAGCCGUAUCUCUCAUCCCAGUGAAUAAAUAAAAAGAGA